CUGCUCCUCGCAGACAUGAACGCCACAGACGAAGAAGAAGAGCCGGAUGUUCCGGACCGUGUGAGGUGGCUGCCGAAGCGAUCGGGUACCCGGGUCUCUAUGGUCUCUGUAGCCGGAUCCAGGAGCGGGUCCUCGGGGAUGGGGCUCCUGCUGGUCUGCUUGGCCCUGCUGGUCUCCGCGGUCCCCCCUCUUAGCGCAUGGGACGAGGACCUGGAGCUGCUGGACCUGGUGGAGGAGAUCCCGCAGACCUUCUACCAGUUCCUGAACGUGGAGCAGGAGGCGUCGGGAGCAGAGAUAAAGAAGGCGUACCGCCGUCUGUCCCUGAUUCUGCACCCCGACAAGAACAAGGACGAAAACGCAGAGACACAGUUCAGACAGCUGGUGGCCAUCUAUGAAGUCCUGAAGGAUGAGGAGAGGCGCCGCAAGUAUGAUGACAUCCUGCUGAACGGGCUCCCUGAUUGGAGGCAGCCGGUGUUUUACUACAGACGGGUGAGGAAGAUGAGCAACGUCGAGCUGGGCUUCCUCCUUUUCGUCAUCCUCACCGUGGGGCACUACGCCGUCAUUUGGUCCAUCUACCUGGAGAAACAGCUGGAUGAGCUGCUAAGUAAGAAGAAGAAGGAGAAGAAGAAGAAGCUGAACUCCAAACCUGCAGAGGAGCUCAGGUGUGUCAGUCAGGAGCGGGCUGACAGAGACCAGGAGCGACCUCAUUGGCAGGACAUCCUCCCUCUGAAGCUCAGCAUCUGGAUCUACCUGUCCAUUAAGAACCUCCCCCAGGCCGUGCAGGAGGUGAAGCAGUACUAUGAGGACUAUCAGCAGAUGAAGCAGGAGCAGAGAGAGGCUGAAGCUGAGCAGGAAGUGGCUCCACGAGAGAAGCGGCCGAAGGUAAAGAAGCCGAAGGUGGAGUUUCCCAUUUACGAGCCAUCGGCAGAGAACCAGAACCACACCCAGAGCUAUGACCCGACCACAUCUAUCGAGGACAUCGAGGAGCAGAUGGAUGACUGGCUGCAGGACCGCAGAGCCCCCAAGAAGAAGGCUGCCGAUUGGACUGAAGACGAGCUGAGCCUCCUUAGCAGGUUGAUGGUAAAAUUCCCAGGUGGGACUCCGGGCCGCUGGGAGAAGAUUGUUCAUGAGCUGGGUCGAUCUGUCAGCGAUGUGACGGCUAAAGUCAAACAGAUGAAAGACAGCGUGAGCCACACCUCAGGUCUGGUAAAGCUGUCGGAGCUAAAGGCGCCUCCUCUUCCUGUGAAGUCACAUAAUGUGGACGACAGCAUGAUGACUCAGAGGGAGGGCGAGGCUUGUGAGGAGGAACAAGAGGAGGAGGUGGAGGCACCGACGGUUCGCAGGAGGAACAGGAAGUGUUCGGAUGGGGGGGGGGUGAAGGUCAGAGGUCGUCGGCAGAGAGAUUUUGACCCGGCGACGGUGGACGAGGAGGAGGCGGAGCCUCAGGCGGAGCCCACCGUGUGGACUCAGAACCAGCAGAAACUGCUGGAACUCGCUCUGCAGCAGUUCCCUCGCGGGACGCCCGAGCGCUGGGACCGCAUCGCCAAGGUGGUCCCGGGAAAGAGCAAGGAGGAGUGCAUGAUCCGGUAUAAGAUCCUCGCUGAGCUCAUUCAGAAGAGGAAACAAGCCAAGAGCUGAUGCAAGGUUAUGACUCCACCCCCUCUAGUCAGGUGACCUUCUGCUGCCUCCUGAUUGGACAGAAUCACAGCACUUAGAGGAUUGGACAACGAGGCGACACACACACAGAUAACUGAUCAGAAUAUUGAUUAGACGUUCUUCCAGACUGAGCAUGCUCAUAGCAUUGAUCAGAAAUUCUGUGUGAUAUCAAUUGACUGAUCGAUAUUCUGAUUUGUGAUCAUCAGUCGGUCACGCCUUUGCUUUUGGGCCCCACCCUCUGCUGUGUGUGUGUGUGCGUGUGUGUGCGUGUGUGUGAGAAACAGGAAGUGACCUCGCAGUCUGAUGUGCCUUAAUCUCUCUUCAGCCAAUCACGUGUUUACUCAUCAAUAAACAGUAUUUAUUA